CUUUUCCUUUAUUUUUUUCAUCAAGCUAAUUAAUAAACAAGAUGCAAUCUCAAGUACUUGUCAUGAAUACCAAUAUGGAACGUGAGUCAGGGCGUAAAGCUCAGCUCUCCAACAUUACUGCUGCCAAGACUGUCGCCGAUGUCAUCCGUACCUGUCUUGGUCCCCGAUCCAUGCUUAAAAUGUUGCUUGAUCCCAUGGGUGGUAUUUUAUUAACAAACGAUGGUAAUGCCAUCCUUCGUGAAAUCGAGGUUGAUCAUCCUGCUGCCAAGAGUAUGAUUGAACUUUCAAGAACACAAGAUGAAGAAGUUGGUGAUGGUACCACCAGUGUCAUCAUCCUUGCUGGUGAAGUACUUGCUAGUGCCUUACCCCACAUUCAAAACAAUAUCCAUCCCAUUGUUAUUAUUAGUGCCUUCAAGAAGGCACUUGAGGAUGCUUUACAAAUUGUCGAGGAAAUUUCCACUCCUGUCGAUGUCAACAACACCGAAGAGAUGAUGGCAUUGAUUAAAUCUUCUAUCGGUACAAAGUUUGUGAGUACAUGGAGUGAUUUAAUGUGUAAGCUCGCUUUGGAUGCUGUCCGUUGUGUUGCUGUUGAAGAAGAUGGAACUGGUAAGACCGAGGUUGAUAUCAAGCGUUAUGCUCGUGUUGAAAAGAUUCCCGGAGGUGAAAUUGAACAAUCCCAAGUUUUAGAUGGUGUCAUCUUAAACAAGGAUGUAACUCAUCCCAAAAUGCGUCGUCGUAUUGAAAACCCUCGUGUUAUUUUAUUGGAUUGUCCUCUUGAAUAUAAGAAGGGUGAAUCUCAAACCAACAUUGAAAUCUCCAAGGAAGCCGAUUGGAACCGUAUUCUCCAGAUUGAAGAAGAACAAGUGAAAGCCAUGUGUGAUAAGAUUAUCUCCUUAAAGCCUGAUUUGGUCUUCACCGAAAAGGGUGUUUCUGAUCUUGCACAACAUUACUUUGUCAAGGCCAACAUCACAGCCAUUCGUCGUGUCCGUAAAACCGAUAACAACCGUAUUGCUCGUGCUGUCGGUGCCACCAUCGUGAACCGUGUAGAUGAUCUUCGUGACGCUGAUGUCGGUACCAAGUGUGGUCUCUUCAACAUUGAUAAGAUUGGUGAUGAAUACUUCACUUUCUUGACCAAGUGUGAAGACCCCAAGGCUUGUUCUAUCAUCUUGCGUGGUCCCAGUAAAGAUAUCAUCAACGAAGUGGAACGUAACCUUCAAGAUGCUAUGUGCGUUGCUCGUAACGUCUUCUUCAGUGCUAAGCUCGCUCCUGGUGGAGGUGCCACUGAAAUGGCUGUCUCUGUCAAACUUGAAGAGAAGGCCAAGUUGAUUGAAGGUGUUGAGCAAUGGCCUUAUAGAUCCGUUGCUGAAGCCAUGGAGGUCAUUCCUCGUACUCUUGUCCAAAACUGUGGUGGUAACGCCAUUAAGACUUUAACACAAUUGAGAGCCAAGCAUGCUGCUGGUGAGCAUACAUUCGGUAUCGAUGGUGAGGCUGGUAAGGUUGUUGAUAUGAAGGAUUAUGGUAUUUGGGAACCUAGUGCUGUUAAGGUUCAAACCAUCAAGACUGCUAUUGAGUCUGCAUGUUUGUUAUUGCGUGUUGAUGAUAUCGUUUCAGGUCUUUCAAAGAACAGAGCUCCUCAACAACAACAACAAGGUGGUCAAGAAAUGGAUCAACAAUAAAUAAACAAUUAUAUAAAGGAAAGAUAAAAGAUAAAAAUAAGCAUAAUAAACCAUGUAUACACGCACAACACACGCUCUUGUUUUUUUUGUAAUAAAAUAAAUUACCCCUCACCCCACAA